GUCCUUUCAGUUCUAUCCACCAUGUCGACAUUAACAGUGCACACUGCAGCUCAGAAUAAUCAGCUCCAUGUUCUACGCACGCUUGUAGGCGAGAACCCCAACUUAGUCAACUCAAAGGAUGUCGUCAGUUCUUUCGAUGGGCACAGUCGAUCUUGUGUUGGACUUAUGGUCAAAAAGGAUGAACGGUCUCCGCUUCAUUGGGCUGCUGCUUCAGGAUCUACCGAGAUCGUUCGCUUCCUGCUCGACAAAGAUGCUACAGUGGAUGUGGUGGAUAACAGUGAGUGGACACCGCUUCAUAUCGCUGUCAGUGCAGGGCACGAAGAUAUUGUCCAACUGCUUGUUGGUGCCGGUGCUGAUGUGAACAAGAAGACUAACAAGGGCAUGACUCCGCUACACUACGCUGCAUCGAAAUCUCGGCUGGAUAUUGCCAAGCUGUUGAUAGCAAGGGGGGCCGAUAUCAACGCGAAAGAUCGAGCCAACCAACAUCCACUGCACCGUGCUGCAACCAUAGGCUCUGCGCCUUUCGUUAAGCUGCUAGUUGAGUCCGGCGCUCCUCCCAAUAAAACCCGAUUGAAUACGGGUGAUCGGAUGGGAAAUACACCACUGCAUCUCGCCAUGGACUCUGCACAUGCCGAAGCCGCUGUUGCGCUGAUUAGUGCUGGGGCAGACCGCGAUAGAGAAAAUGUAGACGGGGAAACUCCAGAAGGCAUGGAGGGUGUUGGCGGCUCAGAGCAGCGUAAGGCAAAAGCAUAUGUUAUCGAGAUGUUUGCUCGUGCUGGUACUAUGAGUACACUCAAGGAACGCAUUGCCGCUAUUCAGCAACGGGAGGAACGGGAGAAGGAGCGUUCGUCGGGCAGUGUGCCCACCAUGCCUGCAUCCGUCUCUGCGGGUGCCAUGCGCGCCAAGAUUGCUCAGUUCGAGAGCCAGGGCGCAGUGCCUGCGCCGCGAGGGUCUUUUGGGCUCGGUGCUCCGCCAGAGCGGGGGCCACGACAGCGUGCGGAGAUGUAUGGGAAUCGUAUGCAGCCUGCGCGGGUGCCCAGCGCCACUCUGGGACUCUCCCGGCCUAUAGAACCGUUUUCAGCGCCGGAUCCCCGGGCGCCUAUCCCACCGUCUGUCGAUGACGGGGAGACACACGAUGGUUCUCACGUCCGCCGCCGCCUCGAUUCCACAACUGGUACCACAAAGUCCGCCGUGCCUAGUCGCGCGACAUCAUUCAGUGCCGCGCUCGACAUUGCGCGCAAGGCCGAAGCGGAAGGGAAAGCGAAACGGAGAAAUAGCAUCCUCAUGCUGCAGCCACAGCACACAGGCGGGCUCACUCCACAGCAUACGGGCGGAGGGUUGACGCCGCAGCACACAGGCGGCAGUAUGGUGGUGCCACAAUACACGGGAGGAUCUUUCGCAUUUACCUCGCCGCCUCUGUCGCCGAUGGUCCCCUUCUCGCCUCCCCGAUCUCCGAGGACCCCCGUUUCGCCGAUGCUCAAUCCAUCGGCAUUGCCGUCCCCGAGUCGGUCUUUGACUUCCCCGCUUACAGACAAGGCCGACGAGGAACCCCCAGAGAUUGAGGUUGAGACUGCACCGGUUGAAUACCAGGAGUUGGUGGUCCCAAACGACCCAAAGCCUGCGGUGCCUAUCAUUGAUGUGAAACAAACCACUGCCUCGACGACGGUAGCAGAUAACUUCCAGGUGCUUUCGACAGCACCUGACCCGGAUGGCCCGCCGGCCGAGGCCAUCUCUGCUUCCGACACCCCAGAUGAUGAAGCAAUUCCGCAACCGGAAACCAUUAUAUCCGCUCCCCCUGUCCCCGAUCUCUCAGGAACUUCUCCAGACUCGACGCAUGAGGGUUUCGAUAUGGAUGCACAUUUGCGGGACUAUGCGCUGCGGCAGUCUUCCCAAUCUAUCCCGCAGGACAUCAUUAUCAACGAUGACGACUCGUUCACUGCUGGAGGGGAAGAGGAACUGGAGGUGGACGUGUAUGAUGAAUCCGCUCCGCUGGGCCCGCUUCCGAACAGACUGCAAACGCACAACUUUCGCAAGCACCUGUCGACUAUCACAGAGCGCAGCAUCGAGCCGAGCAGUCCAGGAUGGGAUUCGGGAUUUACUGUGGACAACCACGAGGAGAGUGGCCUCGGUGCCGGCGCUAGAGCCCUUGCCAACCACAGUUUUGGCGAAGAUGCGGAAGUUCUGGGCGUGGACCGGAGUGAUGCCCCCUCACCUUCGCCGUAUCGACUCAGUGGGCUGACUGAACGGACGUAUUCCCCGAGUCUACGGUCCGAAGACGAGCGCAACUCCUUCGAUGAAACCGGGUCCUUGGAUGAGCAGGCAGCAACAACACCCACUGCAGAUUGCCAUACACCCACCGCACCGUCCGCAGAGCCUGAUCUCAGCAACUUGCCUCAUGACAGCUCGUUCCGAGACUCGCUUUUGACGAGCGAAUCCGGCUCGCAAGUCGUCGCAUUCAGUCGGUUGAGCAUGCUUACAACGGACAGUGCUAGCCCCAGCCAUGUAACACUGGCGCAUCGGAUCCCUGUUGCGGCUGAGGUAGAGCGUGGCGUCGAGGUUUUCGUGAGUGGCAAGGAACCUCACCCACCCGCGGAAGAAGCACACAGGGCGGCAGCCCGUACUUCCUCGGAGGGACGGUCGGUCCCAGCUGCCAGGGCUCGACCCCAGACGAUGUUCUCCCAGACGACGACCAACCAGCGGAACCAUUUGGCCAAAGUACCCAAGACACCGGAGAAGCGCCAUCCUCUGCCCGCGACUCCGCUGAGUCCAGGUUAUGCUAGUGGAGAGCUCGCUGAGCUGCUAGCGGAGGCAGCUGCCCUGGAACAGAGACUCGAGUUCGGAGAGCUGUUUGAAGAGCCAGCCAAGCGGAUAGCUCAUCCGCCGCCUCGCAGUGCAUCGCUUCGAGCAACGGUCCCCCAACAACCAACACCCCCUCCUCCUUCUGUUCUCAAACCCCAACGGUCCUUCCGCAGCGCUCUAAAACAGAAACCGAUCAUCCAAGUGGAAGAAUCUCCUCUGCCCCUUCCGCCCCCUUCGCCUGCUGUAUCAACCACCAGUUCCGAAGUGCCACCGACACCGCCGCCGAAGUCAGGUUCGCGCUAUUUUUCAAGUCUCCGCCGCCUGGCGAGCACAUCACGCACAUCACCUGCUCGAGCGAGCCUCUCUUUAUCUUCCGAACUGUCCAGCGAGGACUCGGUGGGUCUGCAGACACCUCCGGACGAUCACUUUGUUCAGUCAAGCAGCGCAUCGGUGUAUUCUGUCCAGAGUGGCAUCAACUGGCCAUCACGAGCGGGAUCUGUGUCUUCCAAAAAGAGCGUGGGGGGCAUCGCCUCACUGGCGGGCAAGAUGUUCAACCGCAGCCGGACCAAGUCCAACAACAGCACCCUCAGUACAUAUGAAGCACCAUCCCCGCCUCCAGCUUUGCCUCCUAUGCUUCCGAAUCUCGAUCUUGAUGAGGCCCCUCGACCAGCACAUCUGGUCAUCGAUUCAGACCGAGCGCUUCCGCAUCGACCCACUUCGUGGCUAUCCGUCUCGUCGAUGGGCUCCUCCUCCGUUGCAACCUCUCCACUGUUUGACCAGACGCUGUUUGACGCCUUUCCCUCCGUGCCUGAGAUGACGCCUUCGCCGCAGACUGCCAGCACCCUUCGCCCUCUUCCCUUUAGCCAAUCAAACGCAUAAAUAUUAUUCACCAUAUAGUAGUCUCACUCGUAGUCUCACUAGUCUCGCUCCCUUGAUCUCCGUUCAAU